AUGGAGGACCGUGAUCUCGACUUCAGAAGCCCCGUCCUGGAGUCGCUCUUCAUCUUGGGAUUCCAGAGCGGAUUACGCCUCGGCCUCGUCAACCAGAGCCCGCGGUGCAUUCAGCUCGGCUUUUCCUUCCCGGAGGACAUCGACUUGGUGGCUGCCCCUCGCCUGGAGAGGAUCUUUCAGUUCGCCGAGCUCACCGAGUCCCCCAAGAUGAGCAAUGGCCGCUCCACCAGGAAACGCUCUUCUGCGAUCAAGAUUGGCUCUGCUCCUAAACUGCGUGUGCUGGGAUACCUUAAGCCAGGAGAGCAAGAGCUGGCUGGGAGCAAGGAGAACAUUGUCCCUAGUGUGCAGAUUUUGGGCAUAGAGGUGCAAUUCGGUGUCCACAAUACUGUCAAGAAAGUGCCUGGCUUUCUCAGAUGCUUCCCCAACCUGGAGACGCUCCAUGUCCAGUCCCGCCCCAUAUCUGAAGAGUCCAUUGGCAAGGUCAAUGUCAAGUUCUGGCAGGAGGGCGGUCCCAUCAAAUGCAUCCUGCAGAGCAUCAAGAAGGUGUUCUUCUAUGAGUUCCGAGGGUCGAGAAGCAAGGUUUCUUUCCUCAAGUUCGUCGCGGAGAAGGCUCGUGUGCUGGAGCAGAUGGUGGUUGUGGUGGGCAUAGAGUGUUUCUCCCCGGGGGAUGAUAAUGUGAGGGUGAAGCUGAAGCCUCUAACCAGCGCAAAAUGGAACAGCAAAGCUUGCAGUCUCGAGCUCUUCAAGAGCCCGGUCACUGACGGUUCAGGUCCUGCUUACAACCACACACUAGCUUCUGAUUUUGAGUUUGCUGACCCUUUUGACCUCAAGUACUACAAAAGAGCAGAAAGGAUCUCUGCAGUGUAUUAUAUGAUGAGGAUGUUUGUGCCAAAUUAA